UCUUCGUUUGUUUGGGAAAAAACCUGUAGGAAUGAUAUCGGUGUUUUAUUAUCUCUACGAUAAAGUCAAGUCCAAGAGAAAUCCGAGAAAAGUGGCGUAAACAGUCAGCAGCACGGCGGUGUGUUUGUUGUGUCGGAUUAGCCGGCUAGCUAGCAGCAGGAGGAGUUAACGUUACCUUGUCAACAACCUGAGGUGAGCAAACAAACACACGGCACGUCUAUAAAGCAGCAAUGCUAAUCAGGUAAUGUGUGAUUUUAUUCUCGUUGUGGCUCAGUCAGAUCUCGAUCACAUCACAUCAACGAUGUCAGUGUCAGCUGAGGCUGGUUUUGAACCGAGCCAAAGUUUCAGAGAGGAUAUCAAAGCAGCUACAAUUGGUGUUUUAUCGCAUCCCUCCUCUGAUCACCUCCUGAAGGAUGACUUUGAUCUGAAUACGACCUACCCGUGUUCUCAAAAAACCACGCACAAGAAGAGUCCUUUAGGAUUGCGACGUAUUUAUUAUCCAGGUGAACAUUUGGAUGCUUGUAUUUCUGUCACGGAAAGAAACCACAGAAGCUCUGUCUUCCAUAAUGCCUCCCUGCCUCAUCAGUCCACCAUGUAUGAGAGUGAGCAAAGUCUGUUCGGUCAGCUCUUCUCUGGAGAUUUUGGGUUAUCGGGAGCUCCAUCUGCCCUCAACCCAAACAAAGUCAUACUUACUGUAGAUUAUAAAACCAGAGAGAUAUUAGUGGCCAAUGACCAAGCAUGGAAACUGUUUGAGUGCGCUCCUAAUAAGCUGAUUGGACAAAAGCUGUCUUCGGUCUUGAAGAAGACUACUCAGGUUGUGGAAGAAGCAUUGGCAGAAGACUGUUUUCUCAUGGAUGGAGCUGUUGUGGCAGUGUGUGGAAAACUGUUGGAUGCUGUUACAUUAUCUGGAGACAUGCCGGUAUCAGUAUGUACCUACACACAGUCUCCGACUGAAGAACAGUGGCUGGUCAUGGUAGAAAAUGUGGAAAGGCUGUCUGCCUUUUUGACUUUUUCGCAAGAUGGCAGCAUCCUCAACUGUGACAUGGUAUUUGCCCAUCUCCAUGGAUACCGCCAUCCCGGGGAGUUAAAGGGAGUGUCUGUUAAAGAGCUCAUCCCCUCUUUACAAAUCCCUCUUCAUAGCCAGGCAUUACCAAAAACUCUUAGGUUGCAGAGAGUGUGUGGCAAAAGCAGAGACAACACAGCCGUCCCACUGUGUAUCACACUUGAAGGAACAGUGGAUUGUGGUAGGCCCAAACACCAAAGCAGCAGUUCUGGUUGCAGUAGCCCAACAAAGAGCAGUGAAGGAGUAGAUGUAGCAGACAAGCUGUGCUUUGGUGUCCAAGUGGGCAGCCCGGUUGUGUCCCCAAGCCCUGCACUGGUGUACUUGGGAACAGUGUGGGCAUUUGCUCCUCUGAGUGGUCUCCUCGUACUCCACCAGGAUGGCUCAAUCUACAGAAUCCACAGCCAUCUGUCCCUCAGCCUGUUUGGCUACAGCAGGGAUGAGCUAAUGGGAAAGAGUGUUACUUACUUGAUGCCUGCUUUCUAUGGAUGGAUGUUAAGACCCAGCCACCAUGAUUCUCGAGCUGAGGCCAGCAAAAGCUUGGCAUCAUCAAAAACAUCUGUUAAAUUUGAUCCUUCCUCACUUGUGGCCGGGGACAUGGCAAUGAUGCACGAGGCUGUCAUGGGAAGAACAUCCACAGGGAGAGGCAGAAUCUUUACCGGAACCAGCACCAAGCUCGACAAACAGGGCAGCGCGCUUUCUACACUUUCCCCUCCUGCUGUCACCUCUACACGUGUGGUUAUGCCAGAUGACACUGGAGAGUUGAUGGAGGAGGCAGCCCAGGUGGCUCCUUGUAGCAGCUACCUGGACAGCGCAGAUACCACCGAGGCACUCCUCCAAACCUUUGCUUUCAUAGAACCUCCAGAAGAAGGCACUCCAACUCAGGAUGAACAUGGCAUUUCCAGAGAGGGUGGCAUCUUCCCUAAAAUGCACAAACACCACCGCACGUGUCCUUCUGUCUUAGAGGGCUCCAGCUUUGAGAUUAUCACAAUGGAGAGCAGGUCUUCCUCUGGGUUCUGUGAAAAAUUUGCUGCCCACGGUGGCUCAGAUCCAUGUCAGGCUGAGGACCUUCCUUCAGCACAUCUGGUAGAUUCAGACAGCUGUUAUCUGGACCUUAAUACCAAUGGUGAUCUGGUGAUCCGGGCCUUGGCUGACCUGGAUCUGAGCAGUAGUAUGGAGCUUCUCAGUGGUGGAGGGUACGAUGUCGAAAACCAACACUCUUUGAUAUCAUGUGAUACAGGCGAACUCCUGCGCACACCCUCCCCAUGUGUGGUAAUAUCUGAACAGGAAGCCAUGCCUGCUGAGGUUUCAAACACUGCUGUAGAGGCCACAGAUAGUGGACCAAUAGAGCAACUUUGCGAAAAGGAGCAAGUUGAGCAGGAACAGUGGACUGGUUUAUCAUCAGUUCAUAAAGGAAAGAGCGAGGAGUGUUGUGGGCAAAUGAACAGUGGGAUUCAAUCACUGGCUGACAUUCCUGCCACGUCUACGCCUAAGAAAGGGGCGAAUGGACACACUGUCCGCUCAGACAAAACAGAAAUACAGGAAGGACUAUAUGAAGGAAGUGCAUACCACAGAGAUGGCAUUAGACUUGAUGUGCAGUGUGACAUACGCAGGAUUAACCUCCCUGAUGACAACUUUAUGUUCUGUGUGUGGAUGCGUCAUUCAGGCCAGCAGGGUGCGCUGUUGCAGACAAAUAGAUUACGGCAUAAUGCAUCAGGUGCCAGUAUGGGAGAGAGGAUAGUGGAAGCUAGUCAUGGGGAAGCACUGCGUUCCACCAUGGACCUAGAACAUUCUCGAGCCUGUGAUGGACAGUUUGAAGAAGACUACCAGCCUCUUAAAGCUGUCGGUAAAGGUGCCUUCGGUUUUGUCUGGAAGGCGCUAAGACGAGGCGAUGGACAAGAAGUGGUAGUGAAGUUCAUUAGCAAAGCCAGGAUCGUGGCUGACUGCUGGGUGGAAGACCCCAUGCUGGGCCAUGUCAGCCAGGAGAUUGCCAUUCUGACACGUGUCCAGCAUCACAACAUUGUCAAGGUGCUCGAGGUGUUUGAGAAUGGGAGUUACUUCCAGAUGGUGAUGGAAAAACAUGGAGACGGUUUGGACCUUUUUGAGUUUAUAGACAUGCAGCCACGACUGGAUGAGCCUCUGGCAAGCUACAUUUUCAGACAGUUGGUUGCUGCUGUGUUUUAUCUGAGGACAAGGAACAUUAUUCACAGGGACAUAAAAGACGAAAACAUCAUCAUUGACAAUUGUUUCCACAUUCGGCUGAUAGACUUUGGCUCUGCCGCUUUGCUGGCUCCAGGGAAGCUCUUCUACACUUUCUGUGGCACUUUGGAGUACUGUUCCCCAGAAGUGCUUCAAGGAAAUCCGUAUGAGGGUCCUGAGCUGGAGAUGUGGUCACUUGGGGUGUUGUUGUACACUUUGCUGUUCAGUGAGAACCCUUUCUGUGGUGUGGAGGAAAUACUGCAGGCCAGACUCAGGCCCCCGUGCCCCCUCUCUCCAGAACUGUUUGGUGUGUUGAGUGGUCUACUGAACCCUGAACCCACCCAGAGAAUAACUCUGGACCAACUGCUCUUGCAGCCUUGGAUCAGCCAGCCUAUUUCCUUGGCAGAGUACAGCUGGUCAGAGGUGGUGCCUGUUCGGCUGUACAGCUCACCCCAACACUGUGAGUCCAGUCCCAAAGAGUACCUUAAGCAAAUUUUGUUCCCAGAUCAGGAUGAGGACACCCUCCCUGAUGAUGAAGAGGAUGAAGAUGAGAGAUUGUCAAUGGUUGCACUGGAAACUGAGCUGCAAAAGUACCUCACUGAUGAUUAAAGAUAGAUAGGGGUGUUUUUGUUGUUGUUUUUCCCCUCAACAGUGGUGCCUGUAGUUUUUGAAAGGGUGAAGCAGCUCAUUCUGCCUAACAUCAAGUUAGCAGCAGUGUAACACAAACCUGCUGAGCACUGUUUUAAAAAAUGAGGAAUCCUGUUAGUUCAGCGUAACAUCACAUGCUAAUCUGUCUCGAGUUGUGCUUUGGACACCUUUUUACCUUUGCCUUUAUGAAGCAUACAGAGUGUGCUACUAAAUUCAGUUAAAACUAUUUGUAUUUUUAGAGUCUCUUAUUUAAAUCAUUUUAUUUAUUGUACAGAAGUUGUACUUUCAUAAUGUCACUGA